AUUUGCCUUAUUUUAAAUCGCAGAAGAUGCGGACUGAACCCAUUCCCGCGACCGCCCAUGCCGUGUUUCAGUUCACAAUAAAUUUAAAAAAUAAACCACGCUCUUUAUAUUCCACUGCAUUUAUCAGGAAAAAGACGCUCCAAGUCCGUUAAUACCCACUUAGGAAGCCCCUACGUGAAUAAUUAGAUGUUACCGGGAUUUAUCCCGCUCCGUUAUCUGUAACACGCGUUUUAAAUUUGCAAACUCAUUCUUUUCGCUUUAUUGGGGAUAAUACAUCUUGGCUUGGUUGCGAUUCUGAUUAAUGCCUUCGAGUGAAGUUGGCGCAACUUUGUCAGAGAUAGCGGAGAAAAAUAAAGGGACGUGACUAGACUAAUUCCCUUUUUACGACAAGAGGUAAAAGAGUAAUUUCAGUUUGUAAAUUAUAUUAAGCGCUCCAAAGAGGUUGACAUAGCCUGCUUUAUAAUCCAAACCAUUAGACCGGCAGGAAAAUUGAAAAAUAAAAAGAACAGUAUUCUUCUUAUAAAUCCGCUCUUGUCAAUUGCGUCGGAAUAUUUUAAACGUCAGUCUAUAUUUUGUGGAUGAUUUAGAAAAUAUGAAAAUUAAACUUGUUACUAUUUUUUCUUGUGUUAUAUUUUUGAUAGUGGGAGCUUUCGCUGAAGAUGAAAUCAAACGCGGCAUAUAUCCAUUCAUGGCAUUCAUAUAUUAUCAAGAUGAAACAAUCCUGGGCCUGGGAGGGGGCAGGUUUCUACAAGGCGCCGUGCUCGUCCGGCCUAGUUUUUUGAUAUCGUCUUCGCCCGAGUCCACCAUCUCCAAAGACCCUCUCAGCAAGACAAUGCUGGCCAGACUCGGGGCUACAGUCAUUGACCAUAAAUUUACGUUGAAUGAAGAUGAGGACGAGCAGGAACAGGAGGUCAUCCAAAUCACUCAACCUUUCGAACAUGACAGUAGCCAAUGGUGGCUCACGGAUAUCUGCCUGUUGAAGACGCUGGAGCCUCUAGUGGCCACUAACGCGGUUCACUUCACACAGCUCUCUACGAAACAGGAGGCUGCUGAUAAAGCCUGCCACAUACUCAUUUACAAAAAAAAGAGCGGCACAGACGUCCGAGUACUGACCCGUUUAUUCGUGGAAAUGCUGCCCACCUCGGCCGACAACUGCGGGGAGCACUUCGUUCAGGGGGCCAUGGCGUGUGCGGCCGACCAGAUCACCAGCGACGGAAUACUGGCGUCUACGGACUUUUGUCAAGGCAACAACGGCGGACCUCUCAUAUGUGAUAACGACGUGAUUGCGCUGCAAACCUACAUAAAGGAUGACUGCAAAGCGCCCCACUUGUAUCAGCUCCUGUCACCAAGGAAAAUGUUUCUGGAUUGUGGUAUUGAUGAGCAAUGCGGCAAAGAGCAUUGCAAUCACGUUUGCUCCGUGAUUCAAAAGGAUGCUCCACCAACACCAACCCAUAGAUUAACAGAAACAACCCCAACGGAACCGGAAACGACCGAAUCACCAACAUCAGAAGCGACUACUCCAGUGGAGCCCACCAAAACAAUCGAGGGGAUGGAAUCUACGGAAAAUGAUUCUCUCUCCACCUUGUCAUCGACGACUCUCACGACCAUUUCUACAAGCACAAUUAUCGCUGAUACUUCUUCUAAGUCGUGGCCAAAUGAGCGAGACGGACGUAAGAUGAACGAUGAGGAGACGAAUGCACUGAAUCGAACGGUAAGAGUAGAAGCGAAAAGCGCAACCGUCGACGAAGACACGCCGGAGCGUCGCAGCGGUACGCGAAGCCACGCGAGCGCUGACAACAUCAACCUAGCCUUAUUCCAGAGUCUUGUUUGCUACGUCUUUAUAUGUGUUUUGUCAUAAUUGUAUGCAUC